AUGGGUGGAUUAAUAAGUGCGUAUUUCAUUUUCAAAUUAAACUUCAUUAUAACGAUUUCCUUUCUUUGCUCGUGGCUAGGUCGUGCAGCGCGUAUAGUCAGCAAAGAUCCGUAUUCGGGUUCGACGAUUGUCAUUCAUAACGUUCCGUACACAUUCGAACGCCGUUUGGGUUCGGGUGGAUUUGGUUCGGUCUAUCAAGCAAGGCGAAAUGAUAGUAAAGCAGUCGCUGUUAAAGUCAUUAAUUUAAAUGGUUUACCACCAGCUCGUAGUCAAAGUCUUGUGCGAACAUAUUUGAACGAAGUUGGCCAUCUUCAACGAUUACGACAGGCUUCACGACAUGUUGUUGUUAUUUAUGAUUUCGAUUUUGAUCCUCGAUCUGGUCAAGGAUAUAUUGUGAUGGAAUUAGGCGGAGAGAAUCUGACAGCACUAAUUCGUCGACUACGUUCUAUGAAUGAUGGUGGUGGUCCAGCAAUUGAUCCAGUAAUGAUAAAAGAGUUUUGGCAUCAAAUGGUUAGUAUUGUUCGUGUUUUGCAUACCAAUGGCAUUGUUCAUAUGGAUCUAAAACCGGAUAAUUUAAUUCUCUUCGGACGAACACUGAAAAUCGCUGAUUUAGGUAUUUCCCGAAAGGCCGAUAGUUUAGGCUACGCUCGAAUGGGUACACCACUGUUUAGCGCUCCAGAAAUUAUGACAGACGUUGCUGGUCUUCAGCGAGUUUAUGGUCCAAAAGCUGAUAUUUGGUCGUUGGGCGCCAUUCUCUACUUUAUGGUCUAUGGCCGACCACCGGCAUAUCAUGCUUUAGCAGCCAAUCCACCACUUGGCCAGCCGCCUUAUCCUGACUCGUCACUAAAUGAUAUUCUUCGACGUACAUUAGUAACCAAUCCACACUCGCGGGCCGACAUUAAUGUACUUAUAUUACAUCCAUUCACUCGAAGUUAA